CUUCAUAAUGCCUUCAUACAAGCGUUAGGUCAGUCCUGACUAUGGCUCAAAAUUGAGACCCCGCAAAUGCGAUCAAUUCCCUGUUUUCGUCGCAUGCUCACCAAAGCCCUCCUUCCACCCAAGUUCGGCCAUCUCCCGUCCUCGUUACAACGAGACGACUGCCUACCAAUGACCACCUCAGCUGGCAAAAGUAUCAGCUUAUGGCGAGUCCCACAACGAACGAAGCGUUCUUGACCGAUCGCAGCUAGAAGCUUCUCUCCAACUCGGUGUGUGUCAGCGUAACGCGUCGCCAGAGCGAGACCAACACAAUGCGACUUUUGAAGUUCGACGGUCAAGGCGAGCCGAAGCUUACCGGGGAUCUCCUGGACACGAUUCCCCCCUACGCGAUACUCUCGCAUACUUGGGGAUAUGAUAGAGAUGAGGUUAAUUUCGACGACCUCACAUACGGAUCUUAUAAGAAUACAGCUGGCUAUGCUAAGAUUCAGUUUUGCGGUGAACAGGCAAAAAAAGACGAGAUAGAAUACUUCUGGGUGGACGCGUGCUGCAUCGAUAAAGCCAACCAUAGCGAGCUCUCAGAAGCGAUUGUCUCGAUGUUCGACUGGUAUCGAAAUGCUGUCAAAUGCUACGUAUAUUUAUCCGACGUUACAGGCAGCAGAAUCAACCAUCACUGCACUCAAUGUUGGUGGGAAUCAGACUUUCGAACCAGUAGAUGGUUCAGACGCGGCUGGACGUUACAGGAAUUGCUUGCUCCAACCUCGGUCGAAUUUUCUUCGCGGGAAGGGGAGCUUCUGGGUAGCAAGAAAACACCCAAAGUACUGGGAGAAGAGCAUCCCGUUACAAUCAGCAGCGUGAGCAAUCUUGCUCUUACCAUGAAAGGCCAGGGCAGAAAUAUCGAAGCUGUCAAACUCAUGUCGGAAUGUGUACAACUGCGAAAUCGGGUUUUGGGUGCUGAACAUCCUCGCACUCUCUUUUCCUCAGCACUAUUGACCGAAUGGCAAGGUGCGGAAUGAUGGGAGGACUGCCGGUGUACGGAGUUACCGUUAGAUCAUAAGCUUGUGGGGAAUACUGUUCUAUACCC